AUAGAAUGAUCCAAUUUUCACUUCAGUUAUGAGUGACAUUGUCGAGUAUUGUCCUACAAACCUGACAGAAGUCAUCGCGGCAUCAGCGAGACUAAACUGCGGUGAAGACAGGUUUGGAAAUGAUCAGUAUUUAUGUCUUCCUAACGUCAGAAAGACUGGGCUUGUGGAAUAUUGUCAUAAAGGAGUCAUUCCAUUGAUACCAAGUGGUUAUUGUGUGGAUACAACGGGAGGCCAGUUAUAUUCCAGAAAAUGUGAACAAUUCCUCUAUGGUUGUCCAAGUCAGCAUUUCCAAACCAAUAAGAUAUACAGACAUCCCGCCUGUCUGAAUAUAAACACAGAGAACCGGUGUUAUAUUGCUGAUCCGUCAUGUCCCAACACGACAUCAACAUUCACUACGGAAGACAUGAUGGAAACAUCAUCCACCUACUCGAACUUCUCUAACACAACUGUGAAUACUCUCUACACCACGACCACAUCCUUAGAAGAUGUACCUGAUGUAGGGGCCGUUGUGGGAGGGGUGUUAGCUGCAGUGUUUGUUAUCACAGUCCUGCUGAUUUUAGUGCGUGUUGUUUUGAGAAGGAGGAAACAACGGAAAAACCAACUUAGAGAUGGAAGAGAUGAAGAAACCCCGCUUUUUGAAUUAACCAACGAAACAGGAAAUAAAACGGCAGAAAAUAGCAAUUCUCCUGCAGGAAAUGGAGGACAAACGGAGUCUUUACAAACAGAGCCUGAUAACACACGUAGUAAUAAAAAUGGAAAAAAUAAGCCUAAUGCAUUACAUGAAGCCUGCAACAAUGCAAAACUUGAAAUUUUUAAGCAUUGUAUCCAAACAUACCCUGACCUUCUACACAAUGUUGAUAAUGAUGGAUGGAAUGCUGCUCUAUACGCCGCUCGGGGAGGAAACGUUAAAAUUCUACAAUUACUGACAAAUAAUGAAGUAGACGUCAAACAUAAAAACAAUGAUGGCUGGAACAUUCUUCAUGUGGCUUGUGUAAACUCUAACGUAGAGAUGAGUCGUUCUAUCAUCCAAACAUACCCUGACCUUCUACAGAAUGUAGAUAAUGAUGGAUGGAAUGCUGCUCUACACGCCGCUCGGGGAGGAAACGUUAAAAUUCUAGAACUACUGGCAAACAAUGAAAAUGUAAAAUUUGCUCUGAGGGCAUGA